UUUACACUUGUCUCUUGUUUCAACCGUUUCAACCAGCGCUCGCUGGACACACGCUCCAUUCAUCCUCGCGUCUUUAUCUGCCGGUGUACGCGGCAGGCGCUGUGUGUUUGAAGUGGUUUUCAGGCAGGCAUGUCAGGCACAACUCCCCCGCCUCCCUCGGCAGAGGCUGUGGGAACUGAGGCAUGUUUUUUCCCUGGAUACAAGCCUUUCAAACCCGAGGAGCACGGCCUGGAGCGCGGGUUCCGUCUCACAGCCUUCUCGGACCUGAAAGGAUGAGGCUGCAAGGUCCCGCAGGAGGCUCUGCUCAAACUCCUGGCGGGACUGGAGAAGGACCAGGCCGAUGGGACGGGGAAGGCCGAAGACCAAGCUUCGGAUUUCGGCCAACAGCUGCCUGGCCCCCGACUCGGUGUGGGGAUGGACUGCUGUGUGAUCCCUCUGAGGCAUGGAGGCCUCUCCCUGGUGCAGACCACAGACUUCUUCUACCCUCUGGUGGAGGAUCCUUACAUGAUGGGCAGGAUAGCGUGUGCUAACGUCCUCAGUGAUCUCUACGCCAUGGGCAUCACAGAGUGUGACAACAUGCUGAUGCUGCUGAGUGUCAGCCAGAAGAUGAAUGAAAAGGACCGUGAGCGUGUGAUGCCGAUCAUGAUUCAAGGCUUCCGUGAUGCAGCAGAGGAGGGGGGCACUUCUGUGACAGGCGGUCAGACUGUGAUCAACCCCUGGAUCAUCGUGGGGGGGGUCGCAUCAGUCGUCUGCCAGCCUAACGAGUUCAUCAUGCCGGACGGGGCGGUCCCGGGGGACGUCCUGGUGCUGACCAAGCCUCUGGGGACGCAGGUGGCUGUGAACGCUCACCAGUGGCUGGAUCAGCCUGAAAGGUGGAACAAGAUCAAGCUGGUCGUCAACAAAGAGGAAGUAAAGGAGGCCUAUCAGGAAGCCAUGUUCUCCAUGGCAACGCUUAACCGCACAGCGGCAGGUCUAAUGCACAAGUUCCAGGCUCACGCUGCCACAGAUGUGACCGGUUUCGGGCUGUUGGGACACGCCAACAACCUGGCAGCACAGCAACGCAACGAGGUGGCCUUCGUCAUCCACAACCUACCUAUCCUAGCCAAGAUGGCUGCCAUCAGUAAAGCCUGUGGAAACCUGUUCAACCUGGUGCAGGGCACGUCAGCAGAGACUUCUGGCGGGCUGUUGGUGUGUUUGCCAAGAGAGCAAGCAGCCAAGUUUUGCUCUGAGAUGAAGAGCCAGAGCUCUGGAGCUGGAGGUCAGGGGGCGCCCGGUGGAGCGUGGAUCAUCGGAAUUGUAGAAAAAGGCGACCGCCGCGCUCGCAUUAUUGACAAGCCCCGCAUCAUUGAGGUCCCACCGCGAGGAAGCCAGGCAGCCACUCAGGAGAACCACUCCAGCAGCCCCGCCCCCAGCCCCAACUUGUCAUAGUGUGUGUGUGUGUGUGUGUGUGUGUGUGUGUGUGUGUGUGUGUGUGUGUGUGUGUGUGUGUGUGUGUGUGUGUGUGUGUGUGUGUGUGUGUGUGUGUGUGUGUGUGUGUGUGUGUGUGUGUGUGUGUGUGUGUCCCCUUUUUUAGUCAAAGUGCUGAGUCAUCAUUUGGAGCGGGAGAGGGAAUGGACAGCACACAAUAAUUUAUCCAUCUUUGGAAAAAGAUGCUGAAAUGAGGCCUUCCUUUCACCGUGUUGGAAUGAAAUGUGAAUCAUGAUCUGCCUACCCUAAUCCAUACACAUUUGUAUAGUACAUCUUAAUGCAAAAACGAAAUUCUUAAGAGAAAACAUUCCAAAUCAUUGUGGCCAGUUAAUCAUGCAAAUUGAGUGUAAAUGUGUGUGUUUGAUAUUUAAUCAUUUGACUGGGGUGUUUUGCUGUGGGGAAGUUGAUCAGGACUUUUCUUUUGAAGGUGGAUGUUGUAAUUGUUGGUUGAUGUUGCUAAAUGUGUAAUGUGGAGAAGAAUGGCACCUGGCUCUGCCCUCAGGGCCACAGGAAGGCUUGAGCAGCUUCCUUUGGACCAGCGGGGGGGCGUUCAGAAUGUCUGUCUGUCAGCUGAUUGGCAGUCCAGCACCAAGUCCCUCCCACCCUUCCUUUUUAUGAAGCUCUGCCUUUAAACCCCUGUCGAUGGGGGCAGGUGGAGUGGAUGUUUGCCUUUGGAUUGGGGUCGGACUUAGACUGCUGGAGGUCUUAAGCUGUCCAUGUUUCUAGAUUUCCUGUUUUCACAAUCAAUAAAAGCAACAUCAACAUACUGA